UUAAGGGUUAAACAUGCCAAAACUAAAAAUAGAAGGAAUGAGAGGUGAUAUGAUCAUCACUUACAAAAAUACUAACAAGAAGACAGACUCAAGCUAAAGAAACAAAGAUGCUGAAAAAAUUUAGAAAGUUUUCUUUUACAAAGGGAGGAGUAGUAGAUAGUUGGAACGAGAUAAAUGAGGUGGUGGUGGAGGCCAAAACCAACAGUAGUUUCAUGUGCUGUAUGACAAAGAGUACUGGGAAGACGGGAAACACGAGUGUAGCUCUCAUCCUGUAACUAAACUUAAGUAAUUACACAAAGUGGAAGGGGCAAUACUUGGAGAAGGACGAGUCACAUCCUGAACUAAACCCUACCCCAACUCCAAAACCCUCAAACAUUUUGUAGCUAGAAGCAGGGGAGGCAAGAGAAGCUGGGUGCACCACACCUGAAGGUGAUAUUCUUCUUGGGAGAUGGUAUGGGUAUUGUAGCAUCAACAGCAGCCAGAAUUUACAAAGGACAGAAACAUGGUGGACAUUCAGGAGAGGAGGGUUCCCUGACAUGGGAACGCUUCCCUCACACAGCACUUCUAAAAACAUAUACGCUUGAUGAGCAAAUACCAGAUAGUGCAGCAACAGCCACUGCCUUCUUUACAGGGUCAAAGGUAAACCAAAAUACAAUAGGACUGGAUGGCACUGUCUUCAAGGAUCAGUGCAUUGCAUCACUGAACCCCAAAACCUGGCAAACAUCCAUACUGGAUUGGGCACAGAAAGCAGGGAAGCAUACUGGAUUUGUAACAACAACACGAGUGACACAUGCCACACCUGCUGCCCUCUAUGCUCACUCUCCUAACCGUGAAUGGGAGUGUGAUGCAAAACUUGGAAAACUUGGACAUGGCUGUAGAGAUAUUGCAAAGCAGCUAGUUGAGGAUGCUCCAGGAAGAGAUGUUAAGGUUAUGCUAGGAGGGGGAAGAUUUCCACUGGGGGCAACAUCUGGAGUAGCCACUGAUAAAUGGAGCUGUCUACGACGUGACAAUCGCAACCUAACAAACGAAUGGUUACUGCAGAAAAAGGCAUAUGGAAAUAAUGCUCAAUAUGUACAGAAUAAACAACAGCUCAUGGAUCUUGAUACUGAAGAAACUGAUUAUUUAAUAGGGCUAUUCUCCGACUCCAAUAUGGAUUACGAAAUUGAUCGUGACGAUGGGCCCUCAGGUCAGCCAAGUUUGACUAACAUGACUUCUGUGGCAAUCAAGAUUCUCUCCAAAAACAAGCAUAAGGGCUUCUUCCUUGUGGUGGAGGGUGGGAGAAUCGAUCACGCCAUGCACAACACACAACCCUUGCGUGCUUUAGAAGACAUCGUUGCUUUAGAAGAGGCUGUUAGAACUGCUCUAUCAAUGGUGAAUCUCAGUGAAACCCUCAUCAUUGUCACUGCAGAUCACUCCCAUGUUAUGACCAUUAAUGGAUAUGCCAAGAGAGGAAAUGACAUUCUAGGUAUAGGUCACACGCCAUCAGAUAUUGAUAACCUGCUUCACACUACUCUUAUGUUCACAAAUGGCAUUGCCUAUAAUCAUUACUGGAAUGGUACUAAGGUAACACGUCCGGAUGUGAGAAGAGAAAAUACUUCUAUGCUCGGCUACCAACCUUUAUCAGCUAUACCUAUGACCUAUGAAACCCAUUCUGGAGAUGAUGUUGCUGCCUAUGCUAUUGGACCGAUGUCUCAUCUGUUGCACAGAAUGCAUGAGCAGAGCUAUGUUGCCCAUGUGAUGGGUUUUGCUGCCUGUAUUGGGCCCUACACAGGCAACUGUACACGCCCAAUAAAUCAGUGGGGAACGUAAUGAAACGUCACUUUCUGGGUGAGACCCGGAGGCUCCCCGGAGCUAUACCGAGCUGAUGUAUAUAAAUUAGACCAUGGCAACAGUCAAUCGAUGGCGUU